GGAAGGGGGGGAGGGGGAAACUCCCCUCUUUUCUCCCGCCUCGCGCGCUCUCCUCCGCCCCCUCCCUCCCGCUUCCUCCCCGGGUGACGUUGCCCGCAGGAAAGUUCCCCGAAUCAACAGCGCGCGCCCACCUUCAAGGAGAGCCGAAGUGUCUGCGGGUGGCGUCGCUUCGCACCUGGGAGCCGCAAAAAAAAGGAGCUAAAGGGGCCGGGAGGACCGAGGACCGGAGGGCUUUCUACCAUCCCUUUGGGAGCGCGCAACCUGGCGCAGUCGGUGCAGCCAAGCGAAUUCCCAGCAUGUCUCAGUGGAAUCAAGUGCAGCAGUUGGAACCCUGCUUUUUAGAGCAAAUAGACCAGAUUUACGAUGACAUCUUUCCCAUGGAAAUUCGACAUCUUUUAGCACAGUGGAUUGAAAGCCAGGACUGGGAGUCUGCAUAUAGCAAUGAGUCUACAGCAGUUAUGCUGUUGCAUAACUUAUUCAUAAAACUGGAUGAGCAUUUAGAGCGUGUUUGUCAGGAGAAGAACCUCCUUUUGAUACAUAACCUAAAGAAAGUCAGGAAAAUUCUUCAGGCAAAAUACCAAAGUAACCCUCUACAUAUAGCACUGAUUAUUUCAAACUGUUUAAGAGAAGAAAGAAGAGUAUUGGCUUCCGCAAGUAUGCCAGUUCAGGGACCUCUAGAAAAGUCACUACAAAACUACUUGGGUUCAGAAAGGCAAAGAAAAAUCGAACUCAAAGGUUCUGAAAUUAAGAACAGUACACAGCUGACAGAACAAGACGUCAAAUAUCUAGAAGAUUUGCAAGAGGAGUUUGACUUCAGAUUUAAAACUAUAUGCAACAUAGAACAGAAUGACAAAAUUAGUCCUGUCAUGAAGCAGGAAAUGUUGAUGUUGCAGGAAAUGCUCAAUACCAUAGACUACAAGAGAAAGGAAGUUCUCAGUAAAAUGGCACAAAUAGUAAGGGAGGUUGAUGCCUUGGUGAAUAACAUAUUAAUAGAAGAGUUAUUGGACUGGAAGAGACGGCAACAAAUCGCUUGCAUUGGAGGCCCUCUACACAGUGGGCUUGAUCAGCUGCAAAACUGUUUCACACUGUUGACUGAGAGUCUUUUUCAAAUAAGAAGGCAGCUGGAGAAGCUGAAUGAACUUUUGAUAAAACUCACCUACGAAGGAGACCCCAUUCCAUUACAAAGACCUCAUUUGUUGGAAAGAAUAAAUGCUUUACUUUACAGUCUUUUCCAAAGUUCAUUUAUAGUGGAGAGACAGCCUUCCAUGCCAACUCAUCCUCAGAGGCCUUUGGUUCUUAAAACGAUGAUACAGUUUACCGUUAAACUUCGGCUACUAAUUAAAUUGCCGGAGCUGAACUACCAGAUUAAAGUGAAAGCUACUAUUGACAAGAAUGCCUCUACUAUAAGCAACCGCAGAUUUGUUCUGUGUGGGACUCAUAUAAAAGCAAUGAACAUGGAUGAGUCUGCAAACGGGAACCUUUCAGUGGAAUUUCGACAUUUGCAGCCAAAAGAAAUGAAAGCAAGUGGUACAAACAAAGGAAACGAGAUUCCUCAAGUGGUAACUGAAGAACUACAUUCAAUCACUUUUGAAACACAGAUCUGCUUAUGUGGGCUGACUAUAGAUUUGGAAACGAGCUGUUUACCAGUGGUGAUGAUUUCUAAUGUCAGCCAAUUGCCUAAUGCUUGGGCUUCCGUCAUCUGGUACAACUUGUCCACAAGUGAACUCCAGAACUUGGCUUUCUUUAAUAAUCCAAUCCCUGUUACUUUGAGUCAACUCUUAGAAGUCCUGAGCUGGCAGUUUUCAUCAUAUGUUGGCCGUGGUCUGAAUUCGGAUCAACUUGGUAUGCUGGCAGAAAAGCUAACAGGGCAACAGAUUACUUCUGGUGAUUAUCAACUUUCGUGGUCAAAAUUCUGUAAGGAACACUUGCCUGGUAAAUCGUUUACAUUUUGGGCAUGGCUUGAAGCAAUCUUGGAUCUGAUUAAAAAACAUGUUCUUCCUCUUUGGAUUGACGGGUGUAUAAUGGGUUUUGUGAACAAAGAAAAGGAGCGAGCUUUGCUGAAAGACAAGAAACCUGGGACGUUUUUGCUGAGGUUUAGUGAAAGCAAUUUAGGAGGGAUUACGUUUACCUGGGUAUCCCAGUCUGAAAAUGGGGAAAUGAAAUUUCACUCUGUUGAACCAUAUAACAAAGGCCGCUUAACUGCCCUGCCAUUUGCAGAUAUAUUACGAGAUUACAAAGUUAUUUUGGCAGAUAACAUUCCUGAAAACCCAUUGCAGUAUCUUUAUCCCAAUAUCCCCAAAGACAAAGCUUUUGGAAAGCACUACAGCUCUCAGCCUAAUGAAGUAUCAAGACCUACAGAAGGAGGAACCAAAGGUUAUGUCCCCUCUGUCUUCAUUCCAGUCUCCAAAAUUCUGAAUAAUUCCACAGAUCCACCUUCUCCAUCAGAUCUUCUUCCCAUGUCACCAAGUGUUUAUGCUGUUUUGAGAGAACACUUGAGCCCUUCUGUAAUGGAAACUGCUUUGAAUUCUCCGUAUGCAGCUGAGUGACUUUCAGAUACUGAAGAUUUUAAAACGCAGAUGAACAAGUUUGUGUGCAUUAAUAUGUGUUUAUAAGAGAAUGUUCUUAAUUUCCCUGUACUGUAAAUAUAUUUUUCUAAGAGAUAUACAGAAUUAUCAUCUUGAUUGUAACUCUUAAUUUGCUUAAACAAAUAUUUGAUUUGGUUCAGAUAAUGGUUUGACAUGGCUAGAAUGAACCUCAUAUACUGUACUAUUCAAACUUUCAUUGAUAUAACUAUGUUGAAUUUGCACAUCAUACAAAGUCUGUUAAUUUAAUCUGAUUUAUCUUGAUAAAUCAGAUUAAUAUUGAUAAUUAGUAUUGAUAAUUAUAUUAACCAAAAUUUACGGUCAAUUUUGUUCCAUGGACCUAUCCACUUGUGGCUUAUUCAGUCAAGAUAUUUUUCAUUUCCAAAAUUUAGAUAUUAGAGAAAUUGAUUUAUUCAAACCUGAAAAUAAAAACAUUACUUCAUGUGUGAAGAAUAGGAAGUGAGAUACCCAAGUUUAUUAAGUGCAAGAUUAAUGCAGUAUUUUCAUAGUUUAAUAGUUUAGGUCAGAUGCUUAAUCCAAUCCACACACAACAAAAUUAUGAUUUUUCAAUAUUUAUUAGUUCAAUUUAUUAGUUCAAUUAGUUCAGUAUAUCCUAAUUUUUGUGAUAUUUCAAUAUGCUUUUAUACCAAAUUGUUUACAAGUGACAAAGUUUCAAGACAGCAUAUUAUGGAAAUUCAACAGCAGUGUGAUUGAAAGUGAAACACAUCAUAUUGUCGAUUUUUAUUUAAAGCCAGGUUACUGAAAUAACAAAAUUCAAUUAAUAGUCAGCUGAAAUCCAGAGCAGCCUCUGGAUUAUCUAGUUUCCUUAGAAAGUGAUGUUCCAAAUCAGGAAAUGAAAUACUUUCCAGUGUUUUAAAUUUGUAUAGCAUGCUACAUGAUUAUGCUAUAUUUUUCCAAUGCUGUUGCACAAAACUCUGAUUUUAUAUAAAUACUUUCUAACUUUA